AUGGCGAUCCAGCCGUAUCAGGAAGAUUCCAAUGUCUCGAAUCCAAUCAAAAGGAUGCGGUGGGCAACGCAGAGAGCCAGUGGAGUUACGGGCCAGCGCAAGCGCCACAGUAUCAUGAAUCGCUUUCAUCAUAAGCGUUCAGGCUCAGGCGAAAAGCGGUCCCAAGAUGCUGGCUCACCCACUCUAGGUGAUAUACCGGAGGAGGCGGAAUUUUCCAGAGAUGAUAGAGAAGGGCAGGAGACAAGGCGGCGCAUUUUCUUCAAUAUGGCCUUGCCAGACGACGCAAAGGAUGCCGAAGGGCACCCAACCCAGAAUUUUGGCCGGAAUAAGAUCAGAACAGCAAAAUAUACGCCAUUGAGUUUCAUUCCGAAGAACUUAUGGUUUCAAUUCCAUAAUGUUGCGAACAUUUAUUUCCUGUUCGUCAUCAUACUAGCGUUCUUUGCUAUCUUUGGGGCUUCAAAUCCUGGUCUUGGGAGUGUACCUCUCAUUGUCAUUCUCUUUGUCACAGCGGUCAAGGACGGGAUUGAGGAUUGGCGAAGGACCGUGUUGGAUAACGAAUUGAACAACUCACCGGUCCAUCUUCUAAUUGAUUGGAACAACGUCAACAGCUCGGCAGACGAUAUUUCCUUAUGGCGGAGGUCGAAGAAGGCCACAACACGUGGCAUCAUCUCCAGCUACAAAUUUUGGAAAGCCAGGCUUUUUAAAAAGGAGCGCUUGCAUAAGUCUUACACGGAACGUGCUCUUGAUGAGCCCCGCCUGUCUCAAGAAACCAUCAAGACUCGCAAUUCAAUGAUGACGUCUCGUACCUCAUUACAUGCAGACAAUACUACUGCUAGUGACAUUCAGAUGACGCCAGUGCCCUCACCGCAGCCUCAGCAGACCGGGGCCCCUACUUCUGGAGUCAAUAGCGGUGGCGAACGACCUGCAACUGCCUUUUCGUACGAGGAGGAGCGUGCUUCGAAUGGUGACCUGCAGAGUUCCAAAAAUACCGAAAGCCACGGCGACCCGGCUCCUGCAAAAUCUUAUGGUAGCUUGAUCAACCCUCUGAAGACUAUACCUCAGAAAGCAAGGUUUAAGAAAGGCUAUUGGAAGAGUGUACAGGUCGGAGACUUCGUGCGUAUAUAUAAUGAUGAUCAGAUCCCGGCCGACGUGGUCAUAUUAUCCACGUCCGAUCCUGACGGUGCCUGUUACGUGGAAACUAAAAACUUGGACGGUGAGACUAAUUUAAAAGUCAGGCAAGCGCUACACAGCGGACGUCGAAUCAGACAUGCCAAGGAUUGUGAACAGACCGAAUUUUUCAUCGAGAGUGAGCCUCCUCAUGCUAACCUUUAUCAGUACAGCGGAGUGGCACGUUGGUCUCAACGGAAUUUGAAGGAGCCUCAAAGCUCACCGACCUCCAUGACAGAACCCAUCUCGAUCAACAACUUGUUGCUGCGCGGAUGCAGUCUGAGGAACACCGAAUGGGUUCUCGGCGUAGUCGUCUUUACAGGUCAAGAGACCAAGAUCAUGCUCAAUGCAGGAAUCACACCUAGCAAGCGAGCACGCAUAGCAAGAGAGCUCAACUGGAACGUCAUCUACAAUUUCAUAAUUCUUUUCUUCAUGUGUCUGGUAUCUGGCAUCAUCCAAGGUGUUGUAUGGUCUCAAGGCAACAAUUCCUUGGACUACUUUGAGUUCGGUUCUAUAGGAGGAUCUCCUGCACUGGACGGCUUUGUUACCUUCUGGGCAUCGGUCAUUCUUUUCCAGAAUUUGGUACCAAUUUCGUUAUACAUUUCUCUUGAAAUCAUCAGAACUGCUCAAGCCUUCUUCAUCUACAGCGACACCUACAUGUAUUACGAUAAGCUCGACUAUCCCUGCACGCCCAAAUCAUGGAAUAUUUCAGACGAUUUGGGGCAAAUCGAGUACAUAUUUUCCGACAAAACUGGCACGCUAACUCAGAAUGUCAUGGAAUUCAAAAAGUGUUCAAUCAAUGGCGUGCCUUAUGGCGAGGCGUAUACGGAGGCUCAGGCUGGACUUCAAAGAAGACAGGGCAUUGACAUCGAAAUAGAGGCUGCAAAGGCACAUAAGCAGAUUGCAGAGGAUCGCGUUAAAAUGCUCGCAGAUCUCCGAAAAUUGCACCCAAAUCCGUACCUAUCUGUUGAUGCUCUGACAUUCGUAGCGCCGGACUUUGUCAGUGAUUUGCAGGGCGCAUCUGGAAAAGGGCAGACCGAGGCGAACGAACAAUUUAUGCUUGCUCUUGCUCUAUGUCAUACAGUCAUCACGGAAAGGACGCCUGGCGACCCUCCCAGAAUAGAAUUCAAAGCACAGUCGCCCGAUGAAGCUGCUCUCGUUGCAACGGCGAGAGAUUGCGGCUUUACCGUUAUCGGCCGAUCAAACGAGGGUAUUAUACUGAACAUUCAAGGCCAGGAGAAGGAGUACACGGUCCUCAACACCUUAGAAUUCAAUUCAUCGAGAAAGCGUAUGAGUGCAAUCAUCCGGAUGCCUGACGGCAAAAUCUUGCUCUUCUGCAAAGGAGCUGAUAGUGUUAUAUAUUCCCGUUUACGGAAAGGCGAGCAACAAGAGCUCAGGAAAAGUACUGCGGAACAUCUCGAGAUGUUCGCCCGCGAAGGCUUACGUACAUUAUGCAUUGCCCAGAAGGAGAUCGACGAGGACACCUAUCAGAAAUGGAACAUCGAGCACGAUCUUGCGGCAGCAGCCAUCGAGAACCGCGAAGACAAGCUUGAGACGGUAUCUGACGCAAUCGAGAGGGACCUCAUCUUGCUUGGAGGGACUGCAAUAGAAGACAGACUGCAGAAUGGGGUACCGGAUACUAUCUCGCUUCUCGGUGACGCUGGUAUUAAGCUUUGGGUUCUUACAGGUGACAAGGUUGAGACGGCCAUUAAUAUCGGGUUCUCCUGUAAUCUUCUGAGUAAUGAUAUGGAUCUUAUCGUGCUAAAGGUUGAUGACGACAGUAUUGAAUCAGCAGCAGCAGAGCUCGACAAAAAUCUCAAAACCUUCAACAUCACUGGUUCUGAUGAGGAGUUAGAGGCUGCACGUAAAAACCAUGAAGCUCCUGCGCCAACCCAUGCAAUCAUUAUUGACGGAGACUCCUUGAAAUUAGUGCUAGAAGAAGAGCUUCGCCAAAAGUUCCUUCUGCUCUGCAAGCAAUGCAAAUCUGUCUUGUGCUGCCGAGUUAGCCCGAGUCAAAAAGCAGCAGUGGUGCAAAUGGUCAAGGAUGGUCUGGACGUGAUGACGCUUUCAAUCGGCGAUGGGGCUAACGACGUAGCCAUGAUUCAAGAAGCUGACGUCGGCGUUGGUAUUGCUGGAGAAGAGGGAAGGCAAGCAGUAAUGUCUUCUGAUUAUGCUAUUGGGCAAUUCCGUUUUCUUCAACGCCUCGUUCUGGUCCAUGGGCGCUGGUCCUACCGCCGCCUAGCAGAGACUAUAGCGAACUUUUUCUACAAGAACAUUGUCUGGACCUUCGCGCUUUUUUGGUACCAAAUCUAUAACGAUUUCGACUGUUCCUAUCUCUUCGAUUACACCUACAUCCUACUAGUCAACUUAGCCUUUACAUCGCUACCCGUCAUCUUCAUGGGCAUCCUCGAUCAAGAUGUCAACGACAAAGUGUCUCUUGCGGUACCUCAGCUUUACAGAAGAGGCAUCGAACGCAAAGAAUGGUCCCAGCUUAAAUUCUGGCUCUACAUGUUUGAUGGCAUUUAUCAAUCUCUAAUCUGUUUCUUUAUGCCCUAUCUCCUCUUCAAAGCAGCUACAUUUGUCACAAAGGACGGGCUUGAUGUGAACGACAAUUAUCGGAUUGGCGUGUAUACCGCCUGCGCCACCAUAGUCGUGGUCAACAUCUACAUCCUGAUGAAUACCUAUCGAUGGGAUUGGCUAAUGCUUCUCCUGGUGGCUAUUAGCAUCCUCCUGAUCUGGUUCUGGACUGGUGUUUACACUGCUUCGUCUUCCUCGGCUCUCUUCUACAAAGCAGCGCCUCAAGUCUAUGGACAGCUUUCAUUCUGGGCGUUGACACUGUUGACUACAAUUAUUUGUUUAAUGCCGCGCUUCUUCAUCAAAGCCUUUCAAAAAUUGUAUCUACCACUGGAUGUGGAUAUCAUAAGGGAGCAAGUUCGUCAGGGAAAGUUCAGCUACUUGAAUAAAUAUGAGGCAUACGUCCCUGCUGGAAAGAUCGCGUCACUAUCGUCAUCGGACAUGUCCCAGCCCCCGAAGAAACCUCCAGAACGAAAAGCCCACCAAGAUGAUGAAGAGCGUCCAAUCUAUCCUCCUUCACUUGCGGCAACGGGUACAACACACAAUCCGCGGAGCCAAAAUGGCAGCGACGGCACUGACUACACUCGACACUCUCUGGAGAGGCCAGUCAGACCGUCUUUCGACCGGCCCCGGCCUUCCUUCGAUCGAUUGAGGUCAUCAAUGGAUCAAAUUCGGCCAAGUUUCGAGGCAACCAAUGAUUUCACGUCCGCAGCUCUGCUAACGAGAAUGGAGUCUAGUCAUUCGGAUGUACCUCAGCGCAAGCUGCCCCACGGUUCCUCAUCAUUGCGAUAG